GAGAAGCAACAGUCAAUCUUUGCCCACUUGUGCGAGGACGAAGUAGUAGUUGAAGAACAAGAAACGAGUAUUCAAUUUUGUUUUAUUAACAACGUAAAACUUGUGCGAUUCCAUGACAUUCUUCAAAAUUUCAAUUUCGAUUGGUUCAACUUCUUCAAUACCUUUGGUCAAACGACAAAGAAUCAACGAAAUUUCACUCGCGAUUUUGCACAACAAAUACAGCAGAAAGUCUCUCAUUUGAAGAAGCCAAACAAGCUGCUGCAUUUGUUCUGAAUCCAUUUCAAGUUCUUUUCAACCUACAUUGUCCUCGUUAAUGCAAAUCAAACAUUUAAAAAUGAAAAUAAUUUUGGUUGCUUUAAGCGUUUUGGUGUUCGGUUCAGCUUCAGCAAAUCCACUUUCUCAUCACAAUCACGUCAUCCCCAAAAUUGUCGGUGGAUCUGCGUCGAUCAUUGAUGAAAAUCCAUGGCAAGUAUCUCUUCAAUAUAAUAACCGUCAUGACUGUGGUGGCUCAAUUAUUGGGGAACGAUGGGUUUUAACAGCAGCUCAUUGCAUCACAAGAAAUCCGGGAGCAUAUUCAGUCCGCGUUGGUUCGCCGCUUAACCAAGACGGUGGUUCACUCAUUAAAGUAAUCCGUAUCGUUUCACAUGAGAAUUACAACGCUGAUUCGAUGGAUUUUGACUUUUCACUGCUGCGACUCGCCGAAUCCUUGAGCUUCACUGAUAAAAUACAAUCAAUAGCACUUCCGAAUGCAUAUACAGCAAUUGAAGACGAAGCUUGGAGUUUGGUUACUGGCUGGGGUGUCACAAAAAAUAAAUACGAACUGAAUGGAGUGCUUCGUGAAGUCAUUUUAUCGCUUAUGAACCAAGACACUUGCAAUGAACUAUACGAGGGAGAAAUAACUGAACGAAUGAUCUGCGCUGGAUAUGAUGAUGAAAAUUCAUUACAUGAUUCAUGUCAAGGUGACUCAGGCGGCCCGCUAUCGAUUGAAAGUAAUGGAGGUCGCGUUUUGAUUGGCGUUGUUAGUUGGGGCAAAGGUUGUGCUGAAUCCGGCUAUCCCGGAGUGUACGGGCGAAUUUCAUCGGUUCGAUCAUGGAUCAAACUCGUCACAGGAAUUUAAUCACUAAUCCAA